AUUAGGCUUCCGUUGAAUUUAUAGAAUAGAAUAUAAGAUUGCGUUUAUAAACAGGAUGCAGAAGAGGAUGCGUUGCUUAAGGACGCAAGUGUGUUUUGUUUAAUUACUUACACGGCUUUGUCUAGCAGAGCACAUGCAGUAAGAUAUUUGCUAACGUAAAUUCUUUUUGCAGCCUUUACUUAAAUCUGGAUGAUGGUGCUUCUCUUACUACUUUUGCAGUCUUUUCUUUGGAGGUUAAACAGAGUGGACCUUCAAACAGUGAAAACUGUGUGCACGGGAAGCGCCUGCUACACAUCACACCUACAAAACAAAAACACAACGUUUCAAGGUGCCCAAAAGUACUGCAAGGACAACGGGGGCAAUUUAGUGACAUUGAAGACCAAUGAAGAGGCAUCGGAGAUUCAGUCUGUACUUUCUCGGAUUACAGAAGGACAUCUGGAUCAUAACUUCGAAAUGUGGAUUGGACUAAAAUUGGAAAAGGGACAUUGUGUUCUUACCGAUGAAGUGUUAAAAGGCUACACUUGGGUAUCCGGAGCGGUGGACUCGCAAUAUUCUAACUGGCAGCAAGAACCACAAGGCACUUGCACAGAAGAACGCUGUGUAGCUAUGCAUUACACUCUGCAUCCCUCGCAGCCUAAUAGAUUGGAGUGGAUAGAUCGAUCCUGCAGAGAUGAAACAGGGUAUGUGUGCAAGUUUAAUUUUAAGGGGAUGUGUAAAGUCCUGCGCCUGGCAGGACCCGGAGAAGUGUUAUACACAACACCAUUCUUCACCAAUCAAAUAAGUAAAGAUAAUGCAUUUUUAUCUCAGAUACCUCAUGGGACUCUUGCAACUGUGUCAUGUAAAGACAGCAGCCAUGCUCAAGCCGUUUGUAAAGAAAUGAAUGGAUUUUUUGGAUGGACUUCUCAUGGUCCAUUUUGCGACUCAGAUAAACAGGGCUGUAAGUUCGAAAACGGGGGUUGUAACCAUAAAUGCACAGACAACGUUAACGGAGGUGUUCGAUGUGAGUGUAAGGAGGGAUACAGUCUCGCCGAGGACAAAGCGACUUGCAUCCAAAUAGAUCAUUGCCAGCGAUCUCCUUGUGAGUUUCGGUGUGAGCAGACUUUUGAAAGUUUCCGUUGUAUAUGUCCAGAAGGAUUCCAACUCACUGAGAACCAACGAAACUGCAGCGAUAUUGACGAAUGCUCAUCCAAUCCCUGCGACCACCUGUGCAUAAAUAAACAUGGUAACUUCAGCUGCAUUUGCAGAAACGGGUUCGAAAUGGUAGACGGGAGAUGCCAGGACAUAAACGAGUGCGAUACCUCUCAAUGUUCACAGGGGUGCAUUAACAUGCAAGGAUCUUUCAGUUGUUAUUGUAUUACGGGCUUUCACCUGUCUGAAGACAAACGCAGCUGCAACGAUAUUGACGAAUGCGUUAACAGCCCUUGUGAGGAAAGAUGCGUUAAUUCGCAGGGAAGCUAUAAGUGUUCUUGUAAGGAACAUUACAAAAUAGCACCCGAUGGCAACACCUGCAUUCCGGACACGACACCAGUACCUACCCCUGAACCUACAGACGACAGGAGCAAAAAUGUACAGAAUCCAACUGUACAGUAUAGUGUGGAAUCUGCAACAGUGACGGCCGUAGACCCACGUUUAUCAUCUGAACACAGUUUUACCACAGAAAGUACUGAAAAAGCAAAGACAAGUAUUAGAACUGAAGUGCGGAUUACAUCCACCGCAAUGAUCAAAGAGUACAAUCAUUCUAAAGUCCCCAGGAAACCAGAUGAGCAAGACACUGUGGAGGGUGAUAGGGCAAAUACGUGGGUACUGGCUUCUGUGAUGGGGUCAGUUGCUGCAGUAUUGUUUUUGAUUGCUGUUGCAUCGUCUAUUGUGCUCUGUCGCCGCAAGUGUGAUAGAAAAGCAGACAAAAAUGAUAGCCCGGCUACAGACAAGUAUCACUGGAUGUCUUCGGGAAAAGAUACACCAACUGAAAAUCUGCAGCAACACAAAGAUGAUGCAGAAGCAGACAUUAAACACAACACAGAUGUUGUUUGACAAAAUUUAGCUUGGGCAUUUUAUGAUUUAAGUAAGGUUCUUUUUAACAAACUGGAAAGUAUCUGAAUUAUUAUUCGAUUCACUUUUUGGAAAGGCAAAUGAAAUUAUAAAUGAAUAAAAUAUUUUUGACUUGUAAACAAUCUGUCUGUGAGUGAUAUUUAUUAAAAUAUAGUAUUUGCAAUGAGUUUAUUAGUUAAUUUUAGUUUAUGAUUUGGAGUAUCACAGGCAUGAAAUUUGCUUAAAAUAAUGCAGAUUGGCAUUGCAAUGAAGAUAAACUGAAAGCUAAUUCAUAAAACUUCUGUUUACUCACUGUGAAUUAAGCCCUCUUUAGUUAUGUCAAUAGAGAGUAAAGGUACUUUAGAUUAACUAUUAUUUGCAAGCGGGGACUAGUGACACUGCAAUUAUAACGCUGCUGUGUUCAAUUACUGCCUGGAGUACUUUCUGUGUGGAGUUUGCACGCUGUCUUCUUGUCCGUGAGAGUUUUCUCUGGAUAAUCCUGUUGACUCCCGCAGGUCAAGACAGCUGCUUUGUCAGAUGGCGUGUCAAAAAGUCCACACUUGGGGCCUGCAAUGGAUUAGAGUGUAUUCCCGUUUUGCGCCUUGCACAGAGUUAGGCAACAGAAAAACGGUUGUUGAAGAUUGAUGGAUGUUACUCUUAAAUUAAUUUUACAGAAAUCACAAAUAUGAAAUACAUUAUUACUAAAGGAAAUACAAUUCCUAACAUAAAAAACUUUGAGUAAAAUGAUUACUCCAAAAGACCUACCUUUGGGUGCAAAAUAAUAGGGUCUUGAUCAGUAGAUUUCCCUAGAAUUAGAAGUAUAGAUUGAUAUAAUUUGCACAAUGGUUACAAUAUAUUUUAAAGAUGCCAGUGUCACCUGGCAGGAUAAAUCUCACAACUAGGAAAAGGAAAACAAUGUAAUUUUAUCGUAUAAUAAUUAUACGUGUUUAAAAGUCUGAUUUCUUUAUUGCCCAAUGUAGGGUAAAUCUUGUGGUUUAUAUUGUGAAAAGAAAAGAAAAACCAAGUAAACAAAGCUUCCUUUAUUCAAUUUGGUCCUGAGAUUAAAAAAGUGUUUCAGAAAAUAAGUUCGGAUGCUGGUUACAGUUAUCUUUGAUUUUAGUAUUAGCACUAGACAGUUAGAGAUCACCGUAGACAAUUGAUUUACUGUAGUAACAAAAAUAUUUUUUUCCAUUUGUUGUUGAGAGUGAAUCGAUACAAAAUAUGAACUAGACAAUUGACAUUUACCUAGAAAGUUAUGUUUGGUUUUAUGAUAAUAAUAACUAACAUUCAAUGUCCUCCCUAUACAACUGUGGGAAUAAAGGAACGUUGUAUUUUG